CCCUUUAAACGCUACAGCUCUCUCGCUCGGUCUCUCUCCCUCUCACUCACUUACAGCCAGACGCGUUCAGACGAGCUUUGCUGGUCUUCUCAUAUUCUUCUCGUCUGUUCUGCAGAGCGCGUUCUUCAUCACAUUACUGGCGUCCGCGUUGUUGUUCUCGUGCAACAUUGUAACAUUCGCGAGAACCGCGUCUGGAGCUCCACGAUAAUUUAACGCAGAAAUUAAAAACAGGUGUUGAGAACAUCAAGGUCUUUGCUGUCUAUACCUGUAAAUCCAAGUUGGUAUAUCCAGGGAUCGACCUUGUUUGAGGACCACAGUUGUGCCUUUGAACUGAAACAUGAAUUCAGUGCAUUAUUCCCAAGGUAUUCUAUAUACGGUAAACAUAUAAUCUCAUCCACAUUCUAGAUACCUGACCUCAUUAUAGGUCACCACUGGACUCUUUAAGGACCAUUGGAGUCUUUGUGUCCUUCACUGUUGGACAUUCACAAACAGAAUAGAAUGGCAAAGUGGUUAAAGGACUAUUUAAGUUUCGGGAGCAAACGAGUUCCCCCGCAACCGCCAAAACCAGACUACAGCGAGAGUGAGAUAUUGAAGGCGUAUCGUGCACAGAAGAACCUUGACUUUGAAGACCCUUAUGAAGACUUUGAGAACAGAGCUAGAAAUGACAACGGGUCAACUGAAACGUCCCACAUGGGCUUCGGCUCUCCUCUGAAAUCCUCGAGUUUGGAUAUCAAGGUUGUGUCGCCAAAACAUCGCCUCAUAAAAGUGGACUCACAAGACCUGGGACGGAGCAAGAUUCUCCUAAGCUCCGUGUCUUUAGAGGAACCAACAGAUCCGGUGGUUCCUUCAGCUCCAGUCAUGGGAGAUACGGACUACUCCGACCCAUUUGAUGCUCAUUUGGACCUGCGUCCCGAAACAGCUCAAGGCCCGAUCACUCCUGAGAACAACGGGUACAUGGAGCCCUACGAGGCCCAGAAAGUGAUAACCGAGCUGCAGAGGAAAGCUGGUGGUGGAGCAGGAGGAUGGGGGAGAGGGGAGGUCCAGCUCUAUGACACCCCAUAUGAGGAGCGCGUCCCAGGGCAGCCGGAUCUGCCUGAGGAAGGGAGGGAGAGCAGGCUGCCGCAGGACGACGAGAGGCCCGCUGACGAAUACGACCAACCGUGGGAGUGGAAGAAGGAACAUAUCUCCAAGGCUUUUGCAGCUCUGACAGGUUUGUCCUCCUGCAGUGCUGACACACUCGGGCUGAUAAACCACCGCAGGGGUGCAGGGGCAUCUCCAUCCACCUCCUCCCCCAUCUACCCCUCCAGCAGUGUGCAGUUUGAGGGUGCUGAGUGGGACCGUUCCUGUUCUCCUACAGAGCGCCUGAGGUGUCCCAGGCCUCUGCCAACCACAGGCAGCAUGAAGCUACGCAAGCCCAGCGAACCUCAUUCAAUGAUCGGCGAGAGAGUGGAUCCCACCCUGCCCCUGGAGAAACAAGUAUGGUAUCACGGCGCUCUCUCGCGCUCAGAGGCCGAGUCCCUGCUGACCCUCUGUAAGGAGUGCAGUUAUUUGGUACGAAACAGCGAGACCAGUCGCUUGGACUACUCUCUCUCUCUGAGGUACAGCGCUGCAUCUCUUCCUCCAUCAGCCACAGCAACAUUUUAUUUCUCCAUUCCUUCCAUUACCGUUAAAUUAAGUGAACAAAUCUCAUCCCCAUUACCCCAUUUCAGCUAAUUGCCUUGUGUUUUGCUUCAUUUGUGUCUAGUUGUCUGUAUCUUAGUUGUUUUUGUUCUUCAUUCUUACCUACAAUUUUUUU